AUGCUGACGACGGUGGUGGCGCAGGCCACGGCCGUGCCGGCCAGCGGAGAUCCCGCCGACGCCGGCAAGCUCCUCGAGAGGCUCGCGUCCCCGAACUUUGAGGGCGCGCUCGCCGCGCAGAUCUCUGGCCUGGAUGGCCUGGGUGAAGUUUCUGGCGGCGAGGUCAGCCUGCAGGUUGUGCCGAUCCCCGCGGCGGUCGCUGUCUGGAGGAGGACCACCACCACGACGACCUGCACCACGGCCUCGGAGACGACAGCAACUUCGCCUCGGGCGACGUUCGCCGACACGACCACAACAGCGCCCCCGACGGCUUUCCCGCAGGCCGCUCUGCCGGCCGAGCCCUGGCCGAACGCCACGGGGGCAACUCCGAUCGAGGGCACUUCACCGUCCCACGGAACCGCGACCACCACGACGAGCGUCAACAGCACCGCGCUGCUCGCCCUCGACGACGGCGCCCCUGGCGCCGCUGCAGCCGCCUGGGCCCUGGUGCCGCUGGCCCUUCUGGCCCUCUGCUGCGGCGCGCCGUCGCUGGCACGCUGUCUCCGCCGUACCGCCGAGCAGCCCAAGCCCACCGUCGCCCGGUUCGCGGAGCCGCGCGGUGGCUGGCGGCGGCCCGAGGCCUGGUACAACCCCGUCGUGGCGCUGGACGCCUUUCCAGAUGUCCAGGUGAAGGCGAAGGCGGAGGCCCCGUGGCCUGCGCCAGGGGAGCCCGAUUCGCGGCAGACGCUGCCAGCGGUGCCGCCGAGCUCGGGGCUGCGCUCCGUCGUGGCGUCGUUCCACGAGGGUGCAAGCGUGGAUCUCUUGGACUUGCACUCGCCGCCCCUCUCGUACUACGCAGGCGAGCCGCUGCUGCGCCCCUGGCCAUCCACUGGGCAUGCGACACCGCAUCGCGCUGCGCCCGCGCGUGGGCUGUUCCUGCCGCCAGCGCCCGCGGUGGCCGUGGAGCUCGGCGGACAAGCCGGAGCGCUCCGCUCGGGCCUCCGAGCGGAGCCGCUCGCAACGGCGGCGCCACUCGUGGCGAGCGCCUUCGCUCCGCCCGCAUCUGCGGCGGCUCUCGCGGAUCCGUCUGCCGUGGUGGCGCGAAUGCAGGCACUGGAGAUGGGCGCAGGCAGGGCCGCGGAGCCGCUUCGGGCGCGGCCCGCACCUCUGGCGCCGCCGCCGCUGGCAGCCCCAGCAGCCCACGGGGCAGGCCCCGCCCUUGCGGGCCCAGGGCAGCACAGCACGGCCGAGGUGGUGGCGCGGAUGCUCAGCAUGUGGCCUCUGGCGUUCUCGCGCACGCCUGUGAGGUGUGGAAGUACCACCGGAGAAGCAACACUUCUGAGCAUCGCUCCGGGAGCCUCUGGUGGCUUGCGGCAGGCCGAGAUGCCCACGAGUGGGGCGCGGCAGCUCCGAUGA